CAGUAGUCAAACAUGGCGGCGCAGCAGAGUGAUGUUGAUGAGCUCUUCGAUGUGAAAAAUGCCUAUUAUAUCGGCAGUUAUCAACAAUGUAUCAACGAGGCUCAGAAGGUGAAGCCGUCAGCACCAGAGAAGGAGAUCGAAAGGGACAUGUUUUUGUACAGAGCAUACAUUGCCCAGAGGAAGUAUGCUGUUGUCCUGGAUGACAUCAAAGGCAACUCUCCACCAGAGCUUCAGGCUGUCAAGAUGUUUGCUGAAUAUCUGUCCAGUGAAAGCAAAAGGGAUGCUAUUGUUGCUGAUUUAGACAAAAAGAUGUCGAAGAGUGUGGAUGCUGCCAACACCACCUUCCUCCUCAUGGCUGCCUCCAUCUACUACCAUGAGAUGAACACCGAUGCCGCUCUCAGGACUCUACACCAAGGAGAAAGCCUGGAGUGCAUGGCCAUGACCAUUCAGGUGUUGCUGAGUCUGGAUCGUGUUGACCUGGCGAGAAAAGAGCUAAAGAAGAUGCAGGAGCAGGACGAGGAUGCUACUUUAACCCAGCUGGCCACAGCCUGGGUUAAUAUUGCUGUGGGUGGAGAGAAGCUGCAGGAUGCCUACUACAUUUUCCAGGAGAUGUCGGACAAGUACUCAUCUACACUGCUGCUUCUGAACGGGCAGGCGGCCUGUUACAUGGCUCAGAACAAGUGGGAGGAGGCUGAGGGGGUGCUGCAGGAGGCGCUUGACAAGGACAGCAGCCACCCUGAGACGUUGAUCAACCUCAUAGUGCUGACUCAGCACCUGGGCAAAGCUCCUGAGGUAACAAAUCGGUACCUCUCUCAGCUGAAGGAUGCACACAGAGCCCACCCAUUCCUCAAAGACUACUUGGCCAAGGAGAACGAGUUUGACAGACUAGUGAUGCAGUACGCUCCCACUGCUACGGCAUAAAACAUCUGCUUUUACUGAGACUCCUCAACAGUAGGACUUCAGUAAAACACCAGAAAAGAUCGCCUCUUUCUAACUUGCAUACAUGUAUUUGUUAUGAUAUUUUUACUUGUCAGAAAAAAAUGUCACAUAGGGUUGCAACAGUAUACCUGUUUCAAGGUAUACCGAGGUAUGAAAGGUGGCUCCAGGGUUGGAAAUUAACUUUUUUGUCCACCUGCCACAGUGGCCGGUGGAUUCCAAAAUCUACCAGCCGCACAAUAUAUUACCAUUGUUUUUGUGGUUGGUGGUGAAUGAAGUAAUUCUUGCAGCCACUUCCAUAUUUUACCAGCGUUUGGCUGGUGGCUGAUGCUAAUUUCCAACCUGUUGUCAUAUAUGUACAUUUACUCAUCUGUGGUAUUGAAAAAAAUGCAUCCAUAUGAAGAAUUUCAUCUUGGCAUGUGCAUCUCCUUUCCUUCUACACUGAUGUUAUACACAGAUUCAAUUAUAAUAAAGUGUUUGUCCAAUUAAAAAAA